AUGGCAGGACAAGCGUUUAGAAAGUUUCUUCUACUCUUUGAUGGAGCGUUUGUUGAAAGGAGUGCCACCAUAACUGUAACCAAAGGGGACAUUAUACUUCCAGAAAAAUCUCAAGGAAAAGUAUUGCAAGCAAUAGUCAUAGCUGUUGGAUCAGGUUCUAAAGGAAAGAAGGGUGGAGAGAUUCAACCAGUUAGCAUGAGAGUUGGAGAUAAAGUUCUUCUUCCAGAAUAUGGAGGCACCAAAGUAGUUCCAGAUGACAAGGAUUAUUUCUUAUUUAGAGAUGGUGACAUUCUGGCUGGGCACGGUCUUCUCUGGGGAUGUGGGAAAUGCCGGCAGAGCAUCCUGGGCUCAGAAAUCAGUCGUGGCACCUGGCACCUGCUUGCCCUCGCCAAAUUCAGCCUGUCUUCCUCAGCUGCAUUGUCAGCCACCUUCCCUCCAACUGCCCUGAAGAUGGAAGUGUACCCAACCUUCAAGCCUCUGUCGCUCCAGACUGUGAAGCCUAUGUUUGCUGUACUUUUUGAUGAUGACGCUUACAAGUCUCAUUGUCUCAAUCUGGUGGGACCUGCAGGUACUAAUGGCUGUGACAUCUGGACAGGAGACAAGCAGCAACAGGAACAGGAGAAGCAGUGCCAUGUGCCUGUGGUUAUGCAUACUGGAAAUUCCUCACUUGGUCUGCCUCUUGCACGCUUUGCUGGCGGUGUUCCCUCGGAAGAAAAGCCCUACACCAAGCUCACUGGGGCCAUGCUGGGCUCCACCGGGCACCAUGAACUGACCCAAAACCGGAACACCAAGUCCUUCAGCAUUGGCAUUGGGCAGGAAAACAGGAGCCAGGCAGCCCCGCUGUCAGGCUACGCAAAAGGUCUCCAAAAGAAAACAGAGGCUUUGUGUUUGCACGGGGACUCGCACAGCUCACCAGGAUCAAAGGCCAAGGAGUCUCUGGCAGGAAUUAGGCCAUCCCCCACCUACCAGCAGGCUAAGUCCUCCCCAGCACGGCUGGGCUGCUGCCCCUGGGUCUCACCUAUCACCAAAGAGAAGCUGGACAGGGACUCAGGGAACUUCCAGAAAUGCGGCGAUGACAAAGGUGUUCCUUAUAAGUUCCUGCAGGACGGCUUGGAGAGUGCAGAAGACAAGGGGACCAUUCUCUUCUGCAUUUCCAGGGGAGAGGACAAAGCCACAGUCAUCUGCACGUGCCUGCAGCCAUCUGCAUGGCUGUCUCUGCCCUUUUCUCGGGAGAGCGCAGUUUUGCUAAUGUACAACCACUCCAACACAGAUUUGGAUAUGGCAGUGAGCCCAACUGGAAAGAAGUCCUAA